GCGAGAUUUGGACAUGGGGAUGGGAGAUAUCAAAUUAACUCUACUUGUUAAACAAGCACAAUGUCUACUAUCGCUACACGUCGUCCGUUUCUUGCAUUGACAACUUAAUCUGUGUACCGUAAGCUCAAACGUGAACUUAUCAUAUCUUGUUCGUUAGUCGAGCACUGGAAUAGGCCUAAGGAAGCCUAGUGUGUAAUCAGCUGAUCAAGUUACACUAACGAUUCAAUCAUGGUUGUCCAACAAUCUCAAACCCAGAACAUUGAUGCAAUGGCAAAGUUUUGUUCUAUGCUGCAACCUAUCCGAGACCUCACCAAGAACUGGGAUGUAGAUAUUGCUGGCAACCUGGAGGAUUACUUGGAAGAGCUAGAACACAUCACGGUGGCCUUUGAUAGAGGACUCGUCACAAUGAACUUUGCUGAGGCGGCCAUGGUCAUCCAGGGUUCUGCCUGUGUUUAUAGUAAAAAAGUGGAAUAUCUGUACACUUUGGUACACCAGGUUCUUGAUCUACUAGCCAACAAAAAAAAACAGGCCAAAGCUUCCUCAGUUGAUGAUGAAGGACACGAUGAGGAUGCACAUUUUAAUGACGGGACUGAUGAGUUUCUUAGUCUGGAUGACAUCCAAGAACAUACCAACAUCUGGAUCAAAGAGGAUAGCUAUGGAUGUAAGGUUGUUCAGCCAAUGCCUCAGAUGCCUUUGUGUCUGAUUCCCCUUGAAGAUGGGGAGAAGGGAGACAACCCACUCCUUAGUAAAACAGGUGAAGUGCUGGGCAGUAGAAAUGACUUCAGAAUGAACACGAGUUCCGUGCACCAGUCUGGGAUACUGCUACUCGAUAUGUACCACUACACGCUAAUAGACAGGUCUAUCAACAUGGCUACCUCAUCACUCCAAGGUCAAGGUCAUAGCCCAGUUACCCCACAUGAGACAGACGUAGCUGAAGAACCACCCAUGGCUGAAGACGUGCCCAUGGAUGAUCCAUCUGGGGAUGAUAACAAUGAGCAUAUGUUUGAUGUGCCGAAUGACGAAGUGGACGGAGCCCCACCAAAAAGUGAUGUCCCUCCGGUACAAACAGAAACACUGAAAGCAGAAUCUGAAGAGUUACGGAGAUCAGAAAGACGAGCAAAGACAGUGCGGAUUGUACCACCUAAACCGAAGGUGGAUCACUGGGACCUACUAGAUCAACAUGAGGCCCUCGCACAAACAGAAAAGGCUUUUAAGAAAAGUAAAACAUUCAAAAUACCUGAAUGUGUACAAGAUGUCACAAAGAAAAGAAAAAGAAAGACACAGAUGAAAAAACCCAAGCUCCAACCUCUGUCGGAUUUCAUUACAGGAGCAUUUUCACACAAAAGCAAGUUUCCUAAGAACCCCAGAAAGGUACCUGUGUUUAUUGAGUUUGAACAGCAGUACUGGAUUGAAUACAAGAGACGACAAUCGAUUCUGAGAGAACAGAGGAAGUCCCUGAGCCGUGAGGUGCUGGAGGAGGAUCAAGAGGAUGAAGAUGUGAACCAGAAUGAUGAGCCUGACAACAUAGAUAUGGGGGUAGAUAAGUUAGACGAUGGUGAUGACCUAGACGAUGAUGCUCCAUUGGUAGAUGAUAACCUAUUUAACGCCAUUGAAUCAGCCUUCUCCCUACAACCUGUUGAUACAGCAUCACCUAGCCGAUCAGAACAUUGUGGAUUUCCUGUGGGAGAUAUUGUAACAGAUUAUGAAGAGCUGGUCAGACAACAUGUGGAACAGUACAUGGCUAGUGCUCAGGAGUACGCCCAGAUAACAGAGCUAUCACAACGUGUGGCAGAAUGGGAGGACAAAGUCAUACCCAAACUAGAGGAGGAGGACAGUCACGAACCUUUUGACAUCAACAAGUAUGGAACAAAAGUGUUGAACAAUUUAAGUAAAGACACAGUUGUCCCAUUUAAAUGUGUUGCCACUGGAAAGCCGCCGUUUGAAAUAUGUAGAUUAUUUCUGUCAUCUUUGAUGUUGGCAAAUACAGAAAAUGUGAAAAUUGUUCAGAAGGGAUAUUUGGAAGAAGGUAUUGACAUGUUUGAGAUGAGACUUUUAUCCACAACACGGAUGUUUGAACAACUGGAGGAAUACCAGGCACCUUCACUAGCAGCCUCCUGACACAUGCUGAACUGUGACAAAGAGUGCACCAGACUGUAGCCAUUAUCAACAUUUUAUGAGACUGUCAUCACAACCACAUGUACUACUAUUUUUUUGUGGUCAGUAGGGUACCAGCUUCAGAUAACACUGAUCAACGACAAUUUUUAUUUUUUAUUUUUUUCAAAAUUACAUGUUUAAAACAAAAUAAUAUAAAAUCUAGUGUUAAGUCAUACACUGCUGCUGUAAGUCUUUUUUUAUGGAAACGAAAUUCCGUAACAGAAAAAAAUAUGGAAUUGAGAGUUUAAGAUUAAACAUUUGUACAAUCUGUUAAGUCAAAGAAUUACAGGAAUAUACUCUGUAUAAAUAAAAACGCCGAGUUAACCAUCAAAUUAAGUUAAUUUUUAAGUAUAACCACUCCACACAUGAUUGCUUGUUACAAGCUCAAGCUGAUAAUACACAAGUCUUGUUUAACAUUCGUAUCAUACAAUAUUCACCCAAUUGCAACAGGCGUAUGAUAAAAUCAUGUUCAGCAAUAUUUAACAAACUCAAUAAAGACCAACAUGGUGAAAAGAAUUUUCUUACAGAGACUGUAGAAAAUUUGUUAAAGGGAGAUAAUUCAGGAAUGAAACUAUUCAUGUAUGGAAGUCCAAUCAUUCACAAUUAGAACUUUGUAUACACUGGUAUGUAUAAUGAUGUGCUGUUAACAAUCCCCAGGGAAGUGUUGUCCUACUACAGAAUGGAAUGUGGACCGGAAUAACUUGCAUACCGACAUUGUCAUUCAUUCAUAGUGUUGUAACUCUCUCCUCUCUGAUUAUAAUACAACACGAUUAUAGCAUAUUAUAGUUACAAAAUUGUACAUUUCAGGCAUAACCAUUACUUCUCAAGCUUAUUAUUGCAUAUAUAAUUAUUACGUAUAAUCUUGAGUAACAAACUUGAGCAAGCAUUUUAAACAUUAAAAUAUUUUAUCAUG